AUGGCUGCCUCAGCUAGGACCGUGGAGAGACGUAUUUCUGAAAUGGCUGCUAAUGUAGGUGAGCAGCAAACUGUUGCUUUAACAACUACACCUGUGUUCAGUGUGGCCCUGGAUGAAAGCGUGGAUAUAAAUGACAUUCCCCGUCUGGCUGUUUUUGCCAGGUACAGUGACACAGAGAUAUACGAGGAGCUGUGCUGUCUUCAACCUAUGUAUGGCACUACCAAGGGGGAGGACAUACUGAAGACAUUCACUGACCAUUUUGAGGACAGAGGGGUUGACAUAAGAAAGAUUUUUGCAGUAACAACAGAUGGUGCCCCUGCUAUGGUAGGAAAAAACAAGGGUUUUACCAAGCUUGUUGAGGAUAAAAUUGGACACCCCAUUUUGAAAUUGCACUGCAUAAUUCAUCAAGAAAAUUUAUGUGCCAAAAUCUCGAGCUCUGAUCUCAACAAGGUGAUGGCUACUGUAACAAAAGUAGUGAAUUUUGUUGUUGCACACUCUUCUCUUACGCACAGGCAGUUUCAAGCUUUCCUUGAAGAGGUGGACAGUGCUUACAAAGAUAUACCCUUGCACAGCAGUGUUAGGUGGCUAAGCUGUGGGAAGGUAUUGGAGAGAUUUGUGGAAUGCUUUGAUGAAAUCAAGCUUUUCUUAACAGAAAAGGCCAAGGCUACCCUGAGCUGGAGGACAGAGAUUGGAUUGUGA